AACGUGAAUACUUUAUGCAUAUCGGCUGUGUUUUGACCACUUUUUUCAAAAAAAAAAAAAUAAUAAUAACAAGUGACUUUAUCGAGAAAUUGUUGUAUAUAAAUUGAAUUUAGAUACUCAGAAUUUUGAAUAAGAACGGUACGCGUGUUGUCACACACCGUUAUAUAGCGCAGAACGAAUUAAAUUCCAAUUGGCGGAAUCGUAGCGAUUAUUCGAAAUCUCUUUUUAUUUGCUAUUGUCUAUAUUGAAGUAAUUCAUUGAAAAAUGACUGACCAAAGUGCCAUCGUCUUUGUUAAACGGGAUACCGAUGAGGGAACAACUGCGAAUCUGCCAUUAUGGAUGCUGGUUGAAUAUCGUCACCGUAACAAGGUGACAAAUUGUGAAGUUGUUGCAGCUAAGGAUGUCUGUACUGGCGGUGGUAAUCGCUUGAGUCCGAACUUCGAAUCGAUGCAUACGGGAAAAUUGGUGUACAUUAAGAAAGAUUCAGGUGUAGUACAGGCAACUGUUGUUGCUAUUUCGGAUGACAAAGAAUUUCUGAAUGACGAACUCAAGGUGAUGGUCGUUAAAAUGCAAAAAGAAGAGUACGAGAUGCAAAAUAGUAAAAAACGUAAACGCAUUUCAAUGCCAAAAUUGGAGAAUGGUGCAUCGACAUCGCAGCAAUAUGUACGCUGGAAUGGUACUCAUGAAGCUGGUACAUCAACUCAAAAUGGUAUAAUGAACAAGCAAUCGGUCAUCAAAACGAAUCCAAAUGUUCAAAAUUAUCCACCGAUGACAUUUGAUCAACAAACUCAAACCGAUUUUAAGGUAAACAAUGUGAAUGAUUUGGCCGGCAAUGAGAUGCGAUUCACGAAAAUUUUAGCCACCGAAGAGAAUAUUUCACGUGAUGUUCAUACAUUGACCGAAGAAAAUCAUGAAAUGAAGCAACAAGUUGCUGAUUUACGCAUUGAAGUGGCCGAGAUUAAGUCAUUGUUAAAAGAUUUAUCGGAGAGACUGAUCCAUCAACAAGAAAUGGCAAUGCAUACCGACUUUAAUCGUUCGAUGUUGAAUUCAACACCAUCGGUUGUUGCUCGUCCGCCACACGUUAAUCCGCCGAGAAUCUUAAAUUUGAGCCAUCAAUCCAAUUAUACACCGCACACAUUGAACUACAAUUCAAUUAGUAUUGAACCGGUGAUUGAGGCAAGCACCGAUAGCAAUUUUUCCUAUUCAAACCACAGUCGUGUAUCGUUGAGUGCAUCAAAUCAGUCGAUCUAUCAGUCGGAUGCAAAUCACAAUGAUUCAACGCAUGUAGCUGUCAUGAAACAUGAUUAUAGCAACAGUAGUAAAAGCAGCAAAAGCAGCAAAAAUGGUGAAAGCUAUCCAGAAGAUGAGGGUGAUCCAAAUGAAGAGGUUGUGAUCGGUGUGAAUGGUACAACCAUAACACGCAACAUUCUAAUAAAUGUUAAUUGGAAUUCACACACCGCUGCCACUCGACGCCUAUUGCGUACCAAAUUCACUCGUGAAGUACUCGCUUCACAUUCACUAACCGGAAAACCAUCACCAGCUUUUAUCGAGUCAAGCAAACCGACCAAAAACCAGCUUAACCCAAAAAUCAUUGCCGACAUUGUUCACUAUGUGGCAAAACGUUGCAAGGUCACAGAAACCGCGGUCAGAAGCUCAAUUACAACCAAAUGUGCUGAUGAAAAUAAAAUGAUGCGCCAGCGCGCCGAUAAAACUCGUAAAGCACUAAUGAAACUCGAAAACAAAGAAAACGUAGGAAACUAAAUGAUACCAAAACAUUAAGCUAAUCGCUUAUUAAAUAUAUAAAACACAUAAAUAUAUAUAUAUAUAUAUAUAUAAAUAUCGAAUGUCAUCGAUAUAUAUAUAAUAUAUAAGUCCACCUACUAUAUAUACACACACAACACAAUAUAUUUUAUCUGCUAUUUUAUUGAUUACGCUCAAUUUUAUCCAAUACGAACGAUUUUUAUUUAAUUAUAUUACUGCACUUCUCCAGAAUAUCGAAACGCUUCUCAUAAAGACAUGCCGUAUAUUAUGGAUAAUGAUUGAUUAAUUAAACAGCUACAUUACAAUAUUUAAAAAAAAAGUUAUGUGAUUUGUGGUGGUUACAACUACAUUUGUAGUUUUAAAUUGAAAAUCUCUAUACGGUUGAAGGGCAACAUUAAUUUGUACAAUUUAAAGAUAAAAAAAAGAAAAUAUUAUGAAAAAAAAAUUUAAAAUGUUAGGGAAAAAUCGAAAGUAUUAAGAAAAAAAUCAUCAUUAUUAAAAUUUUAGUAAAAAUUGCGGAAGUAAAAAAAUUGUAGAUUUUAUACAAAAGAGAAACACAAUGUCUCUUAAAAAAAAGUAGUAUUUAGACAACAUUGAGCAGCAUAUAUGUAAAUUUGUAUGGUGGUUUGUAAAAAGUCAAUACAAAAAUUAAAAGUUAUUUAUUUGAAGUAUGUGUAUCAAAUCCAAUGGUUUUUAGCUAACAAACCAAUAUUACCCUAGUAUUUAACAAGUGCAAAAAAAGAGGAUCUAUGGUUAUUUUUGAACACAUAUAAAAUUGUGUCCAUACAACACCAUACCAAACCACAAAAUCGAUAUUACGUGAAAAUUGUUCAAACUUUAUCAAACCGAAUCAGCAAGUUCGUUGGUUUCAAAUCGUUGUAAUGCGCCCGCAAAGAUUUUUGUUACAUAUAUUUAGUAGACGAGGAAUUGUUAACUGUAUUUCAAUACAUACUUAUUUUAAAUAAUUCACUGAAAAGUGAAAACGAACAUUUCACGAAAAGCAUACCGAAUCGAAAAGUUGGGAGUUCCGAACAUAAUAUCAUUUCUAUAGCGUGCAUACCAACGCUCAAUCUGCUUUAGAAUUUAUUUGAGAUGUUUAUACAUCUCAUCACUACUGGUAGCGCAUAAUAAAAACCAUCCAAAAAAAUAAUUCGUUGAGCAUUUACAUUAGAACGAACAACUUGAACAGGAAACGAUUCGAACGAAAUUAUUGUAAAAUGACUUAACAAAAUUAUAA